CGGACGACGAGACCGGAUGAUACGUUCAAGCUGAAAGUCCUGGUAGCUAGAAAGCUUUAGGGUAAUUGCCUGGAGCUCCUCCUUUCACGUCAGGCUCGGCAACCCCGACAUUUUCAACUAUAUACCCUGAAACGAAUUGCGACCCUGUUACACGGCCUGUCUUCUAAGCUAACGCUGAGCUCAAAUAACACAUCCAUUGCACUUCGCUCAACGUCAAGAUGGUCGAAACCCCGAUCGGAACGCAGUGAACCUAUAAUAUUCAGCUUCUUCUCUGUCGCACACGCCAAAAAGAAUCCAGGCGAGUUCCAAACACGCCACUCGUUGGCAGCCACACUCGCAGCACUUGGCUCGUCAAUUCCUCAAGUUGUAUAACCCCGGCUUUGUUUUCGUCUGGUGGAAAUUCAGAGGCCAUCGAAGAUGAGCGCCGGUACUCCUUCUCGUGGUCUGCGGACCCAAACCCAGGGCCAACCUGCACAAAGCAGAUCUACGGAUCGAGCCAAUGGCAGUACUCCCACUUCAGCUACACCAAGCCGGGCGGAAUUGUUUGAAGAUGAGAAAGAACGCAUAAAAUCAAGUUGUUUCUGGAAGAAAGACGAGGAUGAAAAUUUACUCGAGUCAUAUAUCACGCACAUCAGAGUCAUCGAAGAUGCAAUGUACCCAUCAAGCCCGCCGCCUCCGGACUCCGCUCCGCAGAACAAAAAGCCUCGUAUUAUAAUUGUGUCAGUGAGAAAAUCCGGACGCGUGAGAAUGCACAAAGCUCGAGAGAACGCCAAUGGCUCCUUUUCGAUUGGGAAAACUUGGGCGCUGGACGAGUUGACAGCCAUUCAGUCCUAUGGCGGCCCUCCGGCAGCAGAUCCUAGAGAAGAACAGCACCGACAAUGGGCGAGUGAUUUGGGGUUUCUCGUGACAAUUGUCAAACCCUACUAUUGGCAUGCCACUACCGGUAGAGAGAAGGACUUCUUUGUUGGAAGUUUGGUCAAGAUAUACAAAAUGUAUACCGGCGGAAAACUCCCACAACUGAUUGGAUUCGGGCAACAGGAGAUGGUAAGGCUCCACAACCAACUGGGAACAAGCCCUCGACCAAGCCCUGGUCCCAGUGAUGGUGCAUCACCAACGCCUUCUCCUGUCGCGACAGCGGCGCCUCCAUCGAUCAUGUCACGGCCCUCUCCAGUGAAGAGACCGCUUCAGGAAUCCAGCAAUCAGCGGCCUUCCAGCCGAGAUCAAACACAGCAGCUACCCCCGGCGUCGAGACAAUACGCUUCUCAGGGAGGAUCCACGCAGCAACGACCGCCGAGUCGCGACCAGAAACAGCCUGUUCCAAGGCCAUAUCCAGCCCCAGAAGCUUCCACGAUACCGCAACCGCCCCCUGGUCUUGAUCAAGCAGCGUCUCCGCCACGGCCUUACCCAGUUCCUCCACCUCUAUCAACCCAUCGGCCGUCAGGUCAUGAUCACGCACGUUCUCCUGGAAAGCCUGCGUCACAGGAAUCUAUCACAAAGCGACCUGGUAGCCGUGACCAAGCUCGACCGUUGCCUCAUCCAAUUCCAUCGCAGGAUGCGAGCGCUCAGCGGCCUCGUAGCCGUGGCCAAGAUCAGCCAGUUCCGACCCUCCACCCGCCGUCCGGGCUUCCACCUGCCUUAUCUAUCCAGCAGCCACCGCCUCGUCCACGAACGCCUGAAUCCGGGGCUCGUAAACCAGCAGAUGCAACUUCGAACCUAUCACCCCCCGUACCACCACAAAGUCCAAAUCGCCAGAGGGGUAAUGUCGCGAAACAGACUGGUGAUGCGCUGCAAACGCAGACUCUUGCUCACAAGCGACCAGCAGGAAGCUUUGGCGACGGUUUCGGUCCUGUGCUUGUCCCUGAAGAAAGACCUGAUACAGAUGAAGUCGGCCCCAACACUGAUUUGAAGUCGACAGCCUUGUCCAGACACGCCGCUCCCCUCCCGCCAAAUGUUCCCACUUCCCCUCCAUUUUUAGAUCAACAGCCUCCAGAAAGGAAGCGGCCAUCCUUGCAAGGCCCGUCUCACAGUGCCGGGCAAAAGAGCCUCGGUGGCGAAUCUACAGAUGUAUUCCUCACUCCUAAUGCCAGUCCAGGCGAGGAUGACUCGAAGGCAUCAGCGCCGAUCUUGGACAGAACCGCGCAGGAUGAGCCAGAGCCUGAAGCACAUUUGGCUGAAGCGGAAGCCUCUCGCGUAGCAGCUCAAAAGGAACCAAUACAGACCGCGACUGGCAGCGCAGCCGUCAACCCUACAGCUAUUGAAAGCAUGCCCUCUGCGAAGGAAAAUCAGGCUCCGUCUGAGUCUAACACAAUCAGCCCUCCUGUACCUCCUAUGCCCACUGAGCCAAAAGAGGAGGAAGUGCAUCGGCCUGGACUUGGGCCGAUGAUCAAGAAGAAGUCAAACAAGGACGUUGCUAGUGCUUUCCGCCGAGCAGCUAAUGCUUAUAAUGCGUUCAAACCUAGAGCAGGUGGUGCCGGGCAGCGUCUGCGAGAGCAAAAUGAAAACAAGAGUAACGAGCCCGAUGGAAUUACUGGAGUCGUGCCAGCACCGUCUCUUGCGCGAGUCGCCCAGCAGAAUAAUAGCAAUCCUUCAAUCUCAGAGCAAAUAGCUCCCGAAGUACCCAAGAGCCAAACUGGUGAUGCGGUGCCGGAGGUCAAAGUCUCGGACGAGACUACUAAGCAAAAAGACAGGUUGCCAGCCCCCAAGGCUGAGAAGUCAAGGACGCCUUCUCCAGAUAAAGCAGCUGCAAAAGCAAAGGCUGCUGAGAUUCGGCGGCAGAAGCGGCGUUCAGGAAUGAUCAAAUACGUUGCUGCUCUGGAUAUUGACCCUGGUCUCCUUGAAGGUAGAACAGCCGACAUCGAUGCUGUCUUCACAGACCAUGGAUGGAUGGGAGACGAUCAUCAGAAAACGGUCGAUACUUUAAUGGCAGAUAUUCGAAGAGAUAUUGCUCGUGUUGAGGCGGGGAGUUGGCUCAAUCAUUUGGAUCAAAAGGAUGAGCGCAUUGAGGCCGUUGAGAAGAUGCUAGAUACAGCAAUUGCGGAAUGUGAUGAACUCGAUGGUCUGUUGACCCUCUAUGGUGUCGAGCUUAGCACGUUGAACGAUGAUAUUGCCUACAUUGAGGCGCAGUCCCAGGGCUUGCAGGUUCAAACUGCCAAUCAGAAACUGCUCCAAGCGGAGCUAAAGCAGUUGCUGCAAACAGUUUCUAUCUCAACGUCCGAUCUCCAAACACUCAGGCAAGCUCAAUUUGGUUCGCCCGGCGGACUAGAGAUGAUCGAAUCCACCCUAUCACUUCUGUACAAAGCCAUGAUUACUAUUGACCCCACUAUAAAAGCUGCUGGAUCUACAACGGCUACAAGUGGCGGUGGUUACAGUGCUGAGAUUGGAAAUAUGCGAGCUUUGCAGGAGCGAAGAGAGGGUUAUAGAAGCGAAAGCACGAGAUUCAUGGCUAGAUUCAAGCGACACAUGGAUUCAAUGUUCAAGUUUGCCAUUGAUGAAGCGGCUCGAACUCAGCAGAAUGGCUUCGAUCCAAGUGGUGCGCCCAAGCUUGAUCAACGCGCGUACGAUCAAAUCCGUGGCCUCCUGUGGAGAUACAGCCCACUCCUCCUUUUCUCCCGGGAAAUCGAGCCUAUAGAAUGGCAAGAUGCGACGCGCUUAUACAUCGGACAUAUCAAACCAGCUUAUCAGGAAAAGUUUCGAGAGAAGUUGAGCGGCUGGCGGAACUCGGCAAAACGGCCUACUGGGGAGGAGCUCGAGAUUUUGUUCACAACCCAAGAAAAAGAAGCAGAAGGCCUUGCAACAACGGCACGUAAGCUGACAGUGAAGAGAAGUCAGACACUUGCAAGGAGUCUUCGCUCUUCUGGUGGUGAUGGGGCCGGCGCGCGAUUGGCAAAUGACAAGUCGCAACCUGGAAAAUUGCACGCAUACGAAGCUUUCACGACCGCACUCGAUGAAAUGGUACCCAUCAUAUUCCGAGAGCAGAACUUUGUUGUUGAUUUCUUCCACAUGUCAUCAUUGGAAGCGACCGAGUUCCCCGAUGCAGUUGCAGCCCUUCCGCCAAACCUAAGAUCGGGGACCGACCUUUCAUCCAAGAAACCGUUUGAUCCAGAUAGGAAUAUGGCAAAGCGUGUAAGCCAAGUUAUGCAAGAACUGUUCUCGUUCUGGCCUGGCGACGUUCAAGGAUUAGUGGACUGGACAUUACAAAUGGAUGCACUGCAAGGCAUCGGACUUCUCUAUGCACUCGAGCGAAAACUCUUGGACCUUGAAGAGAGCAAUCAGGAAUUCAUUGUGCAUACACUUCAGAAGGUACAUGAUCACCUUGUCAACCUUUUCACGCGCUUUGUCGAUGAGCAGAUCCGCGCCAUCGAAGAGACAAAGGUUAAGAUCAAGAAACGCAAGGGGGUCAUUGCAUUCAUGCGAGUGUUUCCAAACUUUUCCACUGCAAUUGAGAAUAUGGUCCCCCUCGUCGAUGACAAGGAUGAGUACGAAGUCACAGAUAUGAUUAACAAUGCAUAUCAAAGGAUCAGCAGAGCCAUGUUUGAAAGCUUGCGCGUCAUUGCAAAGGAAGGCCCAACCGCAAUGGCAGGUCAUGGCGUGCAAGGGCAAGGUGCCGGUGAUCCAGAGGAUAAAGAAGCAUUGAACUACCACAUUUUAUUGAUCGAAAACAUGAAUCAUUACCUCAACGAAGUUGAAUCUCGUGAUAGUGCGGUCCUUGAGUCCUGGAGGGAGCAAGCUGCUAGAGAGAUGGCUGAGCACAUGGAACUUUACAUUGAUGCUAUUAUCCGUAGGCCACUUGGGAAGCUUUUGGACUUUGUCGAGUCCACCGAAGCAGUUAUCUCCGCCACCUCUGAUCCUACAUCUAUCGCAUCUCGCGCGUCGCAUUCACGGCAAACGUUCAAGAAGAUUGUUUCGUCCUAUGACAUUCGGGAACUUCGACGUGGCGUUGAAGCUCUUCGUAAGCGAGUGGAGAAGCAUUUCGGAGAAGCAGACGAGCCAAAUCUUAGCGCUGCUCUGGUGCAGAAGGUCCUCAAAGAGUGCGAAUCGAGAUACCUUGACGUGGCGGACCGAACUCGACGCAUUGCGGAGACUGUCUACGAUGGCGGCGCUGCUGACAUCGAAUGGCGUAAAGAUGAUAUCCUUAACGCAUUCAGGCGCUAGAACGUCAACGCCAUUUAUCAUGUGUUUGGUGACUUUUAAAUAUCUUUUCACUCUGUUUCUCAAGUUUAUACUGUUUGAGUGGGCCUGAUUCUGCCUCGAAGCCCCUUUCUAGAAGGAUCCUGGCGGCUAUGUCAUAUUUUUCCUCUUGCAAUUGUUUUGCUCAUACCCGGAUCGAGGUUGGGGUGCCUUUUGUAAAUGUUGGUAUGCCACACCUGUAUGUUGCAUUAUUCCCGGGG